CCAGCAAAAAGCUGGAAGUGGAGCUGUGGCUGUGGUGGCAGAGUAGCUGGAGGAGGUCCAGGGUCACUGGGCUGCACCCCAGCCUGUGGGGACUCCCGCCCAGGCCGCUCUGCCACCCAGCACCUACCACCCACAGGCCUAGACUCCAGGGGCUUCCUGUUUGGACCCUCCCUGGCUCAGGAGCUGGGCCUGGGCUGUGUGCUUAUCAGGAAGCGUGGGAAGCUGCCAGGCCCCACAGUGUCCGUCUCUUACGCACUGGAGUAUGGCAAGGCUGAGUUGGAGAUCCAGAAAGAUGCCCUGGAGCCUGGGCAGAAGGUGGUGGUUGUGGACGAUCUGCUAGCCACUGGUGGAACCAUGCGAGCAGCCUGCGAGCUGCUGGGUCAGCUGCGCGCCGAGGUGCUGGAGUGUGUCAGCCUGGUGGAGCUGACCUCGCUGAAGGGCAGGGAGAAGCUGGGGCCAGUGCCCUUCUUUUCUCUCCUGCAGUACGAGUGACCCAACAGCACCUCUACCACUCAGGACAGACUGGUUCACCUUCCUGCCUUCAGUAUCCUCCGGGGGCCCUGGCAGUAGCCAGCUACAUUUUCAUGUGGGGCUUCCUGAAGGUCCCAGGAGUGCCGACCAACAGCAAUAUCACAGUAAAGAGCUUUUGUACAUGUGUUGUGUCCUGUGGUCCAGGGCUGGGAGGCCUGGACCAAAGUAUAAACCCAGCCUCUGCAGUAAGCAGCAGCCCCACUGAGAGCAAGCAUUUUUCCUGGUGGAGGCUAUUAGCAUCACCUGCUCUGAAGUCCUCACUUUGGGGGAGGGGGUCAGUAAUGAGGCCUGGACACUUCCAGAGCCACAGCACCACUUCCAGUUAAUGUGCUAAGGUGGAACCCAGGGCUUCAUGCAUGCUAGGCAAGUACUCCCCACACUGAGCCAUGUCCCCAAGCCCCCGCGGUCCUCUUGGUGACAAGGCUAAAAGGCUAAGACUGAAAAUCAAGUUUUCUUGCUGAGGUUUCUUUCAGAUAUUGAGAAUGUUUAUUUUAAAGUUUAACAGAUCAAGCCAUACCAUAGGUCCUACUGAAAUGCUUAAAGCAAAAUAAAAAACUAAAUGACCUCAAUUUUUACAAGCUAUUUCAGCCCAAAGUGUAGAAAAUAAUCUAUGGUUAGACCCUCAUCAUUAAUUGCUCUCAAACCUAAACACAAGUCUGCAAGUUCCUGACAUCAGAUGCAGUUUGGUCUUAGCUUCAAGCCUAUCUAAGUAACCCUUGGAUGUUGAAUCGCUCAGGGUGGAGGCCACCCACAGGCCUUGGGGAAGGACAGCAAUGUUCCUCCACCCUGAUAUCAGUUUGCUCCAGGAUAGGCAAGGGGUGUCUGGGGGGCAUCUGUGACAAUCACAUUCUGUUACGACCUCCAGUGCAC